AUGACCGGUGAACAGUUGUUGUCAUCUCAUUUUAACGAUGUUUCAUCACCAUCAUCUGUGCUGGAGAAACAUGUACUAACUGGGUCUGAUGCAGUUGUUCAGUUUUCUGGUGGCACACAUAUUGUGCUAAACGUGGAUGGACAGACAGAUAAGCGACCUCGUGAUCGUGAUUCGUCACGUGUUUAUACUCGCGUUCUUAGUGAAUAUAAAUGGGCAAGCGAAGAAUGUUACAAUGGCCGAAUAUUGGCAGUUCAUAAAAAUUUGAUUGCUUAUCGACUGUUUAAUGAAAGUACAGGCGAAGCAGUUCGAGUCCUAGAGCAUACCACUUCAAAACGUCACCUUAUAAAAAGUUUCAAGCACCCAACUGCCGAUUUACAAUGGGCUCAUCAUGCGCCAUUACUUGCUGUUAUUGAUGUUAAUGCUAAUCUUUAUGCAUACCAUGUUGACAAGGACUGUAUCGUAACAAAAUAUUUGAACAUAAUCCGAGAAGAUAAUUCUAUUUCAAUUAAUGCUACUCCGCGAAUUUCAUGGUGUCCAUAUAUACCGGAAGCUGAUGAACCACAUGAGGAAAUGCACAUGAUCGCUGUCUAUUACCGCAAUACGGUGGAAUCAUUUUCAUUAAGUAUAAUCAAAGCAGAAUUACACUGUGAAGAAGUGACUUUGGAACAAUGCGAAAAAAUUAGUGAUGCUGUUAUGAAAUUGCCAAUUGAUAAUCCUAGCGCUGAAGUGCAAGCAGUGUGUUUGAGUCCAGAUGCAACAGCUAUUGCAGUAGCACUUAAUUGUGGCACUGUAACGUUUUUUAUUAUCGAUGGUGAAGGCACGAAGUUUGCUCAUCGCUGGCAACCGGAACAUGGUAGACAUAUUCAGGAUCUUGUCUUCCUGGAUAACAUUACUGCAUCGGACACACCUGAACAGUUCUGGAAAUAUGCUAUAAUUUCAACGGAAAAUGGUAAACGUAUCCAACUUUAUGACACGGAAAACUGGCACUGUAUUGCUCGUUUAUUAUUUGAACCAUUAGAUCAAUUAGGUAAACUGGCACUGAGUGUACAUCCAUCAGCAAAAUUUAUAUUCCUCACUGAUUACUAUGCUGCAAAUAUUUAUUGCAUCGAAAUUGCUUAUAUUAUGAAUGCACCACGCUUUGUUGCAUGUACAGAAAUUACUUUCUGUCAUCCGCUUGUUAAUGUUGUUCCAAUAUCAGUUCUUCAGCAAGAAGAUGCUCAUCAGGAUUUCUCUCUUAGUGAUGACGAAGUUUCUCCUGCUGAUGUUCUCGUUUCAUUUGUGGCUUUGUCUCAACGAUCACUACUUCAUUUGGAAGUUGGUCUAGAAAAGUCUCACUUGACGAAUGGUGAUGCUGGCGGUGGAGGUGGUGAUGAAAACAACGACGAGCAAAUAAUUUCAACUUUAAAUGUAGAUGUUGAAGAUGAUGGAAACAGUGUAGCAAAUGGUGAUAAAAGACAGCAGAAAUCGGAAAAUCUGGAUCGUUUGGAUGCUUUAUAUCGCCACUGGGAAAGUCUAAGUCUAAAUUUUGAAAAACAAGCGGAAAAUUUUGAAAAACGGUUGAAAGAGGAAAGAGAUCGAACAGAUGCCGAAAUGCGGCAGUUACGUGAAGAUAUCGUGUCUUGUGAUGAGAGACUGUUUCUGAAGCUAGAAUCUUUGAUCAACGAAAACAGGACAUCAACAGUAGAAGCAAUGCAAACCUCUCUCGAUCUUAAAAUGGAUAGUGUUAUUCAGAAUCUUCGAUCAAAAACUGCCGAUAAUUUUAAGCAACAGCAAACUAUGGAUUUACACGUCGUUCGUGAUGAACUUGCUAGCAAUAUACGAGAAGUACUGAUGACUUCGUUGAUACCGAUUUUACAAGAUGUGUGUGUGUCGCUAUUUCAACAGCUUAAUGAAAACUUUCGUACUGGUUUGGAACAAUAUAUGAAGCAAAUACACACACUCUGUACCAAUGCUUUAAGAACAAAUCAAACAGUUCCUGAUUCAAUGAUGACGAAUAAUUCGUCUUCUGCCGAUCCAUCAGCUCUUAUGAAUCUUAUUGAAAAUCAACGUAUCACUAUAGCAUUUGAAAAGGCAUUGGUGUUAAAAGAUUUUGGAGCUCUAAUGUUUGUUUGCAACAAUGUUGAUCCAGAUAUAAUUACCAGUGUCGAGCAGCCUAUUCCGCAAAAUAUUUUGUUAUGUCUGUUGAAUCAACUGGCAACAAAACUGGACGGAGAAACGGAUCUCAAAUUUAG